GUUCAAAUGAUAAUCACUCUUCCAGUUUGGUACCAAAGUGGCGCACCAAGGGGAAGCUCUCGAAGCCUAGUGACCACAAAGACGGUAUGCUUUUAAAGAUGGUUAAUCUUCAGAAAGCUGUUUCUGGUUGAGUGACUGUUGUCCAGCUGCCACCAUGAUAGCCACGGGCGGCCUGCUGCGUAUGAACAGGCGCCAGGACUCGAUCCACUCCAAGAGCCGAGCAGAGAACAGGAGGAAGAGGAAAGCCAAGAAGAGGAAGAAAAACGACGUGGUGGUGGUGAAGGGCAAACUCAACCUGUGCUCUCCUGCAGGUCUGGUAGCUGCUGUGGGAGUUGUAGUUCUCCUAGUAGGGGUAGCCAUGGCUGUUUUGGGUUACUGGCCCCACCAUGACAACCAGGUGAAUGUCCAGAAGCUGAGGGAACAAACUAAUGGCAAGAUAAGCUACUCUAAGAGCCCACCAACCACUUUGAAUCGAACAGGCAAUAAAACCACUUCAGGGCAGAGAGAGUUGGUAAACCAGAGCAAUGAUAACAGCAGUACUAAGCCUCCUUCUUCCUUGGGGUUCCUGAAUGACUUCCUAGCCAACUACCUGUACUCAGACAAUCUGAAAGUGUUCGGCCCUUUAGUGAUGGGUAUCGGCAUCUUCUUCUUCAUCUGCGCCAAUGCAGUACUGCACGAAAACAGAGACAAAAAGACCAAAAUCAUCAACCUCAGAGACAUCUACUCCACAGUCAUUGAUUUACAUCAAAUACGGACAAAAGACUACUCGCCGAUCAAUGGCUUGGUGAACUACUCGCAGACCUCCAGGGGUGUGAAUAUGACAUCUGGCUUGUACAAUACCAGCGCUACCCUGACACAGAGCUCCUGGCCAUCAACAACAUUGGGCCAUCAGGGAGAAUCGGGGAUCAGCGAACUGUUUCGACGGCCAUCCUUAGCCUGCAGGCCUCGCAGCUGGUCCCGAGAGGUCCAGAGCUUCACGGAGACGGUUUACAGCAUCUACAGAGACCACACCAGGAGCUCCGAGGAGACACCACAGCCCAGAGAGUGGGAGACCACCUCCAUUGUCACUUCCUCCGUCAACGCUUUCACCCUCCCUGUCAUCAAGCUCAACAACUGUGAAGUGGAGGAGGCUGAGAGGACGGAUGCAGAGGAGCACAGAGAGGAGACUGCUGUCAUACACAUUGGAAUGGACCGUGCCGGAGAGACACAGGCAAGCCCUGACCAUAGCAGCAGCACCAUCUCAGGCACCAAAAAGAAGGUUCCUUCGACAAUGGACUUGCAUCUUCCGCAGGAAAGCCAGAAGGUAGCUACCAGUGAACCCCAGGGGGUGCUCAUGGCCCUGCCCCAGGGGGCCCAGAUGCAACUGCUCCCUCCUUCCCCUGUUGCCAGGGCAAUGGGGUCGCGACUGUCACUCAACUCCCUGUCUGAUCAACCCAGGUCUGCUCGGCGCUGCAGCCUCUCUGUGUCGGGCUGUCGCCAGGGCGAUGGGGCUAGGCGGUUCAGCUGCCCCCGUCUGGAGCGUUCUAACAGUAAGGGGUACAUCAAACUGACAGACCUGGGGGGAGAGUCUUUCGAGGCACCUGAAAUGGACACGUCCUCAUUCGUCACGGACCAGGAAGUGGCAACAACAGCUGCAGAAGGUCAGGGUGCAGAGGUUGUAGUCACACCCAGCGCUUCAGCCGAACAAUAGACUGGGGGUCUUCUGACUGGAGGGUGUCUUCUCCUGAACUCUUCAAAGGUUUCUUCUCCUUGUAGUUACACACCCCCACCUUUGUUUUCUCUUAGUGGUCAUGAAGGAAAAAGAGGCAAGGAAAGGAAGCCGUUCCCAAACUAUUGAGACGCAGCCAUGGAAAUCAAUAAAGACACAUAUGGCAUUGUUGACUAGGAAAAUCAUCAACACAAUUCAAUCUUCAGAUAAUAACUGUUCUAUUUUUUCAUUGUAGCAACAGCAAUACUACCAUAAAUAUUAGCUGUCAAAUUAAUUCUAGGGUUGAUUGAAAAUGUGCUUAUUAACUUUUGUAUGACGUUGGUUUACCUGUAGAUUCAAACUAUAGGUUUAGGUUGUAAAAUGAGUCGUCACUAAGUAACACAUGAUAGUGUAGCUAUAACUGUGCCACAGAACAUUUAAGUGUAGGUUGUUUCUCUAAAUGUUAGGUGGAAUUACCAGACAUGGAAUCUCAGGUAGAAAAGUUCUGUUUAGCAAUGCGACCUUGAGAAUUAGGUCUAACCUGUGCACACUUGUCUAAA